AACAAACAAAAGGCCGCAAGUUUAGAACAAAUCCAUCCAUGAAAUUGGAAAAAACUAAAUUUGUUUGAUUUGAUUUGUUUGGAUUUUGAAGCAAACAUUACUUGAAACAUGUAAUUCCACAUUUGGCGGAGCAGUCUUCGUUGGUACUUUGUAUUCUCUUUCAAGUGAGAAAAAAUGAUAAAUUGGUAUGAAAAAAGUAAAAAUGAAAAAAAUAUUUGGGAAGAAAAAUUUAAAGGAAAACAAUGACAGAAAGCGAGUAUUUAGACUUAUGAGCUGCAGCGUUGCCUGCCCUGUUGUCAUGGCAACAUAGACCACAACACAACCUCCACCUGCCCCUUGCUCAACCAAGCGUAACACAUCAACACCUUCUGAGAAGCACAUUACUACAAUGGAUAAUGGAUUUAAAGCACAUUAAGGUACCCAUUCAUUGUUGUUGUUCAUUUACUUUUUAGUCUACACUUAAAUUACCAGUUAGGUUAAGUAGUUGAGUGUUCACAUUUUGUGAGUUUCAGAAAUUGACAAGAGAUGAGCGAUGAAAUUCAACUUAUUAAAACAUUUGAUCAAAUGUUUUCUAGACAAAAACACAAUUUUAUAUGAAUGGUAAAUGAGUUUGAUCAUAAAAGGAUUAGGUUAUGUGAAGGACAACUAAAUUCCUGAUUGAGGACUGGCUUACUACGUAUGGGAAAAACAAAGCGGUAAGUUAAUAUGAAAGGGGCAUUUUUUCAGGGUUAUUUUAAUCAAGAGGGAUCAACAUUUUGCAUAGACCCUGUCAUUGGUAAAAAAUAAAGGAGUGCAUAUCCUUCAAAGUUUAAUUCAUGGCUCAUUGUUAUUGGUACACAUAAUAAUCUUGAAUUUUGUUAUGCCUCGGAGUUUUCAUUUUUUAAAGUAAAAUGGUACAUAAAGCAUAGGUGUAUGUUUUUUACAAUUUUCAUGGGAAAAUAUGCAUUUUCCUUAAAUUUGUGAUUAGAAAGGUGUGCUUGAUUUUAUUUGAUGAUAGUGAACGAAAAAAUGUUCAUUGAAUAACAACAUAGACAUUAUAAACAGACGAUUUCGCAAUUUUCGAGGAAAUAGCCCCUCACAGUGGCAUCAAUUAUUAUUCACAAUUUGCGAACAAAUAAAAAAAAAUCACAAAACAAUUAUGAAUAGAACUUUAAAAAACCAGAGAAUUUAGGGAUUACGCAAGAGGGAAAAGAGCGCCUGACUGCGUUAUAAUGCAUGGCAAAGGUGAAAGGGGGCCAUAGAUGAUUGUUAUAUGGCAAUUCAAAUUCAGAUACUGAAUGACUUUUUUGAGAGGAAAAGAUUCCUGGGCUACAUUUUUAUGAAGAGUUCAUAAGAUGGUUCCUUGCCUUGCUUUAUAAAAUUCAUAAGAGGGGGGUCCAAGUUAGAAUACCGAGUGCAGUUCAUGAAUGGGAUGUUCAAAAAUUGAAGGAAAGUGAUAAUUUGGUUAAGUUGGAUAAUUUACCUAAUAAUUUGGUAUGGGCACUUCCUCGAGUGUGAGAAGUUAUCACUGAACAUCACACUUUUUUCAACAUUGAUUUUUUCCUUGUUGAGAUUAAGGUACCUCUUUUAAAAUUAGUAAACUUUAUCAAGUGGGUACUUCUGUUGAUUCGCAUAAUUUCUUUACGAGCUGAACUAUAGUUGUUUACUAAGGUGAGAUGAUCUAAAAUUGAAUGUUGAUCUGUUUUCCAGUCAAAAUGGCAGAGGAUGUUGAUCCUAACCUCAUCAUUCAAACCCAAAAUUCUCUUUCAAAGCACAUCAAAAAGCCACCAUUGCUUGAAAAAUUCUUGAAAAAGCCGCCAUUCCGAUUUCUGCAGGAUAUAGUGAAAUCAGUUAUAAAGGAAACUAAAUUUCUGGACAGUAAAUUUUCAGAGAAGGAUUUGGAAAAUGCAAAGGAUCGUGACACAAAAAUUAAGUUCCUUGAUACAUUGAUUGCAGAAGUUGAGGUGAUGACGGGAGAAAAAGUUAAAGCACGUCCUGCGAAGAUAGUUGCAGGAUUAGAUGUGAACCGAACACUCGAGCUUCUAAUUCUCCUUGGAAAAGCAAUUGAUAAAAAUAGUGAUACUAAGAAUAAACAGCAAAGUUCAGAAAAAACACAAAAUAAUAACCGAACAAAAGUUAGUGAAACAAAUAAGAAAAACGAAAAAAAGGAUGAGGAGAAAAAACCCCGAAAGAAAAUUACCUCAGAGACUGAAAGCAGGGAUGCACACCGCAAAACAGCUGACAGGACACAAGCCACAAAAGAUAGUAAAGCGGUGCCUAAAAGUGGUCAUCGAGUAGAGAACAAGGACCCAAAACAGUCAGCAGUAAAUCGGAGGACUCAAAACAAACCUAAAGAAGAUGAUAGAAAACAUUCGCCUACAAAAACAAGACCAGCUGAGAAGCCAGAAUCUCGUACGAAGGAUUCAUCACCUCAAGUCGAGCCGAUCAGAACAGAUAACAGACAGAAUGCAGAGCAAACUGAGGAGACGAAAGUAAAAAAUGAAAAUGUUAAUGGACAGACUGAAGAGCAGAAUGUGUCAGAUACACACGGAAGUAAAGAAAAAGACAACCGAAAGGACAAAAUGAAUAGCAAAGGUGAGAAAGUUGAUGCAAAUGGUGUUAUUCAAGAGAAGCCUCAGGAGGCUCCAACGUCAACAAAAAAACCAGAGACAGAGACAAAAAAAGCGAUAGAUCUUGUCAAAGAGCCAAAACCAUUGGCAACGAGCACAAGAGAGCCAAAAAAAAUGACAGAGAACUCCAGAAUCAUGAACACAGAGCCAAAACCAUUGGCAGCGAGCACAAGAGAGCCAAAAAAACUGGCGGAGAACUCCAGAGUCAUGAACACACUGCAGAAAACCGGUGAGUCAGUGUCAAAGGAGACUCCUGACAAAGUAUCUGAGAAGAGACAUUCACUAGAAAGAACUGACUCUGGAAGGGUCACUUCUUCGAUCGGGCAGAGACAAGAGCUGAAUCAGCGGAAUGAGUCCCAUAUUGGGGCACGACCUGUAAAAUUAGAUGCCAAUAAACGUGUCUUUACACCAGAUAAAGGUGCUAGGCAACGAAGCGAGACAGAGAGACCUACUAAUAUCUUCACGGAGAGUCAGGAUGAUAAAGAUGAUGCUGAUGAUAUGUUCAUUCUUGAGACACAUUACAUAGCUCCGACAGCCAAUCAAGGCGCAGAGAGUAAAGAGGAGAUUCAAGAACAAGGCCAACUUGUCUCGCAGAUAAUCGACACAAAGAAACAGCUUGAGAGCAAGGAGGGAGACGCCAAAACAAAAAUCCAGUGGGAGGAAAGUGCUAACUGGCGGAGAAACACUGGCGAAAAGGAGGUUGGAGGGGUUAAAACACUAAUACAGGAACUAACAAAGAACGCAGGUCCUCUGGGGCAGCUCCUGGCAGGGUUACAAGAGGAUGUGGAUGAAAUGAUGCAGGAGUUAGCACACUGGCGGGAGGUUAAUGCUCAAUUAGCAGUGGAUAUGAAAAAAGAGAAGGAGCAAACGAAUGACCUGAUCAAACCUCUCCUCAAACAGCUGGAGGAGCUAGAGCAGGUUGAGCUUCCACAGGAAGAGGAAAGGGUUAGAGUUGCAAAAAUGACUGUCUACAUGAAUGACAAAAAAAUUGAGGAGUUGCUCCGAUCGAGAACAAAAUAGCAUUAUCGACAGAUGACAAUGAAUGCAUUGCUUUGAGGCUUAAGCUCGACAUGUUCACAGAAACUUCAUCUCUACAUGGAGUUGAGAGUUGCCUACGAAAGGAAUCAUUUUUUGCUCUUUCGAAAUUUUAGAAUGCGACAAACUGCUUAUAAAAACAUUUACCAAAGUCAAAGCUCUGGCUCUAUAAUUCUCGCUUUUGUUUCAUCGGCUUCACAACUUGAAUUGAAAAAUUUGUCAUUACCAAAGCUGAACCUGACUUAAAUGUGUCUGCAAGUACUAGAAGUCUUCAAAGAUUGUAAAAUCCUCUGAUGAUUAAAGGAAAAAUACUUACAGAUAAGCUUACCUUCCAUUCUUAAAUUAGCAAAACAUGCUUUCUGGAUACCCUAAUUCAGCGUGACUAAAAAACUAUGACUGAACCGUGUGCUUGCUCAAGUCAUUAGUGAAUCAAUUUUUUGAAAGUCUAAAAUCCUGUUGUUCUUUUCUUAGAAUCAUUAUUAUUUUCAUUAAAAUUUGUUUCAUAAAGAUUUAUUUACACAAC